GGGGCGUGGUUACCGCUUGCACUUCCUGUUUCUGUUGACACGACGGUUGGUCACGUGUGUGUGUGUGUGUGAAUUUUUGACUUACUUUCUUACUUGCGUGUGAAUGUUUGACUUACUUCUGCAAUCUUCACGGACACUUCACUCCUCCUUUGUUCUCUGACGCCACGAGCCGCACACAUGUCCGCUCACGGAAGCGCGGUCCUCGGCCUGCUGUCCUACGAGACGCUGGUGCACGCCGUGGCGGGGGCGAUGGGCAGCGUCACGGCGAUGACCACCUUCUUCCCCCUGGACACCGCUAAGAGUCGCCUGCAGGUUGAUGAGACUCGAAAGUCAAAAUCCACCCCAAUCAUCCUGGCUGAAAUAGCCCAGGAAGAGGGCGUGCUGGCUUUGUACAGAGGCUGGUUUCCGGUCAUAUCCAGCCUCUGUUGCUCCAACUUUGUCUACUUCUACACCUUUAAUACACUCAAGAGGCUGACAGCCACCGGGCGCCACCAAUCAAGACUUGGCAAAGACCUGCUCAUUGGCAUUGUUUCAGGGGCAGUCAAUGUGAUCCUGACCACACCCAUGUGGGUGGUCAACACCCGCCUCAAGCUUCAGGGAGCAAAGUUCAGAAAUGAGGACCUUCAUCAGACGCAUUACAAGGGCAUUUUUGAUGCCUUCUCACAGAUUAUAGCCAGCGAGGGAGUGGGAAGUCUGUGGAACGGCACGCUGCCUUCACUCAUCCUCGUCCUCAACCCGGCACUGCAGUUCAUGUUCUACGAGUCCAUGAAGAGACGGGCAGGUCAAGGAGGGAGGAAGAUAUCAUCUGCAGAGAUCUUCUACAUUGGAGCUGUUGCCAAAGCCGUCGCCACCACUGCAACAUAUCCACUGCAGACAGUUCAAGCCAUCCUGAGGUUUGGCCAGCAUAAAGGUGAUGGAAAGAGCGGCCUGAUGGGCAGUCUGGCAAACAUUCUCUCCCUCCUCAUGGAUCGCAUCAAAAAGCAUGGCCCUCUUGGGCUGUACAAAGGCUUGGAGGCCAAGCUGCUUCAGACGGUCCUCACGGCCGCCCUCAUGUUUGUGGUGUAUGAGAAGAUCACCGCCGCCACCUUCAAGCUGAUGGGCCUGCACAGGAAGCUCAAGCAGUGACCCGCAGACCCGCCAGUGGACCUGGACGCACACUUGAGCGCCAAGAGGUGGGAUUUGUGCCUUUCUUAAGGAUGCAGCUUACUCACCCUCACUUCAAAUACGCAACAUAACCAGAAGGCAGGGCAUACUUGCCCUUUUGCUAGAAAAAAAAGAAGCCUAACUGUUUGGUUGCUGUGUUAAACCAAUCUAAGAUUCAUGUGAGGCAACUGCUACACAUUCAUCAAAACCAGGGAAGGCUUAAGAUGAAAAUAAUGACCUAUUUAGAGAAUCUUAUAUUUAAUUUAAGCUUUUACAUAUGGAAUUCAAGUUAUGUGUGUCAACACAUUUAGGAAAAAAGUAAGGUGCUUUUAGGGAUGUUAAUUUACAUAAACAUGAUGUAUCAAUUCUCCUCAUGAAUGUCAGUAUGAACUAUGAACUAUUAGAUACAGUGGGGCAAAAAAGUAUUUAGUCAGCCAGCGAUUGUGCAAGUUCUCCCACUUCAAAUGAUGACAGA